AUGGCUUCUGACUGUCCCCCCACGGGCUGCUCUUCUGAAUCGAGUGCCAGGGCUUCUGAUUGUGCGCUUACUUCAACCUGUUCCGUUGAAACCACUAGUCUCCCCAGCGCCUGUGCUACAUCCAGCUGCCAGACCCCCAGCUUUCUAUCCGGGUCUCGCUUGCCAGCUGGGUGCCUCCCGCCGUCCUGCUUUGCUGGGAGUUGUAAUAUCCCGUGUUUGCUGGGGAACUGUGCCUGGUGUGAGGAUGGUGUGUUCACCAGCAACGAGAAGGAGACAAUGCAGUUCCUGAAUGACCGGCUCGCCAGCUAUCUGGAGAAGGUGCGCGGGCUGGAGGAGUUGAAUGCCGAGUUGGAAAGCAGGAUCCGAGAACAGUGUGAAGAGGAUGUCCCGUUGGAGUGCCCUGAUUAUCAGUGUUACUUCGACACCAUUGAAGAUCUCCAACAAAAGAUCUUGUGUACGAAGGCGGAGAAUUGUAGACUUGCCGUACAGCUUGACAACUGCAAACUGGCUGCUGAUGACUUUAGGUCAAAGUACGAGUCUGAACUCUCUCUUCGCCAGCUGGUAGAGACUGACAUUAGUGGCCUGCGUGGGAUUCUGGGUGAGCUGACUGUGUGCAGAUCUGAUCUGGAGGCCCAUGUGGAGUCUCUGAAGGAUGAUCUCCUUUGCCUUAAGAAAAACCAUGAAGAGGAGGUCAACGUGCUUCGUGGACAGCUGGGUGACCGACUCAGUGUGGAACUAAACACUGCCCCCACCACGGAUCUCAACAGGGUCUUGGAUGAGAUGCGUUGUCAGUAUGAAACUGUGCUGGCCAACAACCGCAGAGACGUGGAAGAAUGGUUCGCUGUUCAGACAGAGGAACUGAAUCAGCAGCAGCUAUCCAGCUCAGAGCAGCUGCAAGGUUGCCAGACGGAGAUCUUGGAACUGAAGCGCACAGCCAACACUCUGGAAAUUGAGCUUCAAGCACAGCAGAGCCUGACAGAAUCUCUGGAAUGCACCGUGGCGGAGACGGAGGCCCAGUACAGCUCGGAGCUGGCCAAGAUACAAUGUCUGAUCGAUAAUGUGGAGAACCAGCUGGCCGAGAUCCGCUGCGACCUGGAGCGGCAGAACCAGGAAUACCAGGUGCUGCUGGACGUGCGGGCCCGGCUGGAGUGUGAGAUCAACACGUACCGGGGGCUGCUGGAGAGCGAGGACGGCAGGCUUCCCUGUAACCCAUGUUCUGCAACAAGCACGUCAAACAACACUUGUGAGCCACGCUCAGCGUACAUAAUUUGCACAGUGGAAAACAGCUGUCCCUGA